UGAUUGAAGCGAAGAAAAUCCUGUACGACAAUUCCUGAAAAGUUUUCUGCCUAUCUGUGGGUUAUUUUGGGGUGGUAACCCCGCGCGCCGAAAGUGAGCUUGGUGAAAGUGAAAAAAAGAGGAGAAAACCAGUGCGGAAAAUGACUGAGAUAUUGCGGAGGUGCGGUUGCUUCCGGCGAAAUCGACGCGGUUCCAGCAUCGAGGACUCGUCCUCCUGCCGGUCGUCGGAGAUCGAACGGGGUGGUGAGACUGUACCGCACAAAGCCAGACAGCUGAAGCUGUUCAAGUCCAAGACCUGGUGCCAACGGUGGCGAAAAACCGGCCGCGGGAGCAUGACGAAGGUCGAACGAACCAUAAAAUCCGCUCUCCUGAUUCAGCGCUGGUACCGGCGGUAUCUGGCGCGGAUGGAAAUUCGACGCCGCUACACGUGGACCAUCUUCCAGAGCAUCGAAUACGCCGGCGAGCAGGACCAAGUUCGGCUUUACAAUUUUUUCAACGCACUACUGACGCACAUUCCAGAAACCGCCGGACGACCCACCAAUUCCAAGGAGACCUCACGGGCCUCUUCCAACGAGGCUCUCGAUUUUAAGUUUUCGGACGAAUCGGACGACCUAGCCGACGAGGGUAUAACUGCGCCGGAGCGGACCUACCAGGGACCACACAUUAAAUUUCCGCUCGACAAGAAGGAACUCGAUGUGAUAAUUGAUCUGUUUCGGAAGAAGAAAAACCGACUACAUGCGAAGUAUGUUGCCGGCAUCCUGCGGGAAGCGUCCUCCAAGCUGAAAAGGCUGCCAAAUUUGAACCAGGCCUCGACGGCCAUCUCCAAGCAGGUCACAAUCUGUGGUGAUCUGCACGGGAAGCUGGACGAUUUGCUGGUGGUUUUUCACAAGAAUGGCCUGCCAUCGCCGGAGAAUCCGUACGUCUUCAAUGGAGACUUUGUUGAUCGAGGUAAAAAGGGCUUGGAAGUUCUGCUGCUGUUGCUGUCCACCUUCCUAGUCUAUCCGGGUGGAGUGUUCCUAAACCGUGGCAACCACGAGGAUACGGUCAUGAACGUACGGUAUGGCUUUGUCCGCGAGGUGCACCAAAAGUAUAAACACAACGCCGAAAGACUGCUGAAGCUCAUCGACGAAGUCUACCGUUGGCUGCCGCUGGGCACGAUAGUCAACAAUCGGGUACUGGUGGUGCACGGUGGCAUUUCCGAUUCCACCGAUCUGGAUCUCAUUCGAAGCCUGGACCGGGGAAAGUACGUUUCCAUUUUGCGACCACCGAUCACCGAGAGCUCAGCCCCGGGGGCAGAGAUUAUCGAUAAAGUUGAGUGGAAACAGGUAUUCGACAUCCUCUGGAGUGACCCACAGCCCAGCGAAGGCUGUCGGCCGAACUCGCUGCGCGGUGCCGGCACGUAUUUCGGCCCGGAUGUGACCAACAAGUUCCUACAACGCUACAAGCUGCAGUAUCUGGUCCGGUCGCACGAGUGCAAGCCCGUUGGCUACGAGACCAUGCACGGCGGCAAGGUCAUCACGAUAUUUUCCGCCUCCAACUACUACGAAAUUGGCUCCAACAAGGGUGCCUACCUCAAGCUGAACCCCCAGCUGGAUAUCCGUUUUCUGAUGUACACUGCAGCUGCAUCCAAGACACGCAAGCUAACCUUCCGGCAGCAGGUCGGCCUGGUGGAGAGUUCGGCCCUGCGGGAACUGGCGGCGCGUCUACGGGAACGUCGCGUCGAACUGGAGCGGGAGUUCGUUUCGCGGGAUGAGAAAAAUACCGGAAUGCUAACGGUUGCCAAAUGGAGUGAAGCGAUGGAAGCUGCCACCAACUUGGGACUGCCCUGGCGAAUGCUGAGGGAUAAACUGGCACCGACGGACAACACAGCCACCAGCACGACCGGUACCGUAACCGAGGUGUGCUACCGAAAAACUUUACAUCUGCUCGAUACGGAUUCUUUCAAAUGUGCCCAAAAUGGAACGACAUCGGUGGCGGAAUCCCUCUACAAAAAUAAGAGCAGCCUGGAGACCAUCUUCCGCAUCCUGGACAAGGACAAUUCGGGUCAGAUUUCACUGGAGGAGUUCGGCGAGGCUUGCGCCCUGCUGGAGAAACACUUUCCGCACAACACCCACGAACAGCUGCUGGACAUGUGCAAAAUGAUGGACAUCAAUAAGGAUGGACUGGUCGAUUUGAAUGAGUUCCUGGAAACGUUCCGGCUGUGCGAGAAUGCCAAGGCACAACUGCUGAGCAGCCUGCAGGAAACGGCACUGGCCGUGGACGGUAAAACAGCGGAAAACAGGCGCGAUUCUAGCGGUAAGGAGGAUGCAAUUGCCAAUGGGGAUAAUGGGAUCAAUGGGUUGGGUGGCAAACGUAAGGGUAACCGAAAACGUUCGAGCGGAAAAAAUAAUGAUUCUUCCAAAACAGCCGAAGACUCGGAUGAUUAUGAAGAUUAUGAAGCGAACGAUGGAACGAAUGCGACAGCGGCGGAACAACGGAAACAGAGCGCGAAAACGUCCUCUGCGGUGGUUGUGGCAGCGGCUGCUAAUGCCAACGGUACGGUAACGGGGAUGGCGGUGAAUGGUGGCACCACCGAUCAGGAGGGUGAAAAUGGUUAAACGAAUGUGUAGGCAGUGGGUCCCUUCCGGUGGUUUGGUGGUUGAAACAUGGUAUGAUCUCGAGUGGUUUUAUGGUAAUUUUGGUUUGAACUUCAUUUGCAAUUUGAUGCACUUUUUAAUGAACGUGGCUUUAUUUUCUCUUUGAUAUGAUUUUUCAGCAAAUAAUGCACUUUUUUUGCUUUGGACUUCGAAAGAUAGCUGAUAUCUUUUUGAGAAACAGAU